ACGUUUGGACACAACAUGGCGAUGAGGCGCCGAGAGACACGACGACUCUUUCCCGACUGACACAACCAUGUUAUGUUUGUUGGCAUAGGGGGAAGCACGCGACAGGGAUAUACGUGAAAUUACGCGCAAGUAAUUAAAAACAGGAGAUUUUUCUUCCCCUGAAUGCCAUUACAUGCAUGUAGCUAUAGCGGUCCUAUAUAGCCCCGCUGCUGGAAAUCAAAAGCUGUACAUGGCGGUGGAGUAUAUCUGGUUCUUCUGUCUACUUUCUCUUGGUUACUGUGGAUUAUCCUCGCAAGAGAAGCCUGUGUCAGUUGAACUAAGCUGUGGUGCUGGUCCAGUCCAUGUGGUUCUGGAGCCUGGUGACCCUCUGCUGCUGGACUGCCACUUGGGGGCCAGUGAGCCCCCACUCAACGUGACCUGGCUGCGGGAUGGAUUGGUCCUCUCUGAGAGCCAGACCAUCCGGCCUCUGCUCAAUGGCUCCCUGCUUAUCCUGCCCUCCUACAUGAAUGGUCAGGCUUCAGCAGGUGUGGAGGGAGGGUACAGCUGCCUAAGUACCAGCUCUACAGGAACCUUGACCAGCCGGGCUAUCACCCUCCAUCUUGCCAGCUUGUCCCGUUUUCUUCAGGAUCCUGAACCUCAGGUUGUGCCUGUAGGAGGCACAGCACGGUUUGAGUGCUAUUUAGAUGGCAUGCCCACCCCAAGGAUCACCUGGGAGAAGAACCAGACACCCCUAACUGCACCUGCUGAACCUCAAGAGCUAUCAAGGUACAUAACUCUCCCUAACGGGGUGCUGCAGAUUUUAGGGGUCACUAAGGAAGAUGAAGGCUCGUAUCGUUGUGUGGCCUUCAACUCUGCCCGAAAGCGCUUCAGCCAAGAUGCGUCCCUCACAGUCAGCCCAGGUCUGUCUCAGGAGAGUGAGGUGGUGAUUGUCGCUCCACCGCGGAACUCAACAGUGGUCUUGGGUCGCCCGGCUGUGUUGGAGUGCAUGGCUCAGGGUGAGCCGAAACCCUUCGUUUCCUGGAUCAGGCAGGAUGGGAAGCCUAUAGCUACAGAUGUGGUUGUCCUGGCAACCAACCUUGUGAUUCCCGACACCCGUAGUCACCAUGCUGGAGUGUACGUGUGUCGUGCCAACAAACCCAAGACCAGAGAUUUCGUCUCAGCUCCCGCUGAGCUUCGAGUACUAGCUCCUCCAGUUAUCCUGCAGCCCCCAGAGGCUGUGUCUCUGUCCCGGGGUAAUACAGCUCGGUUUGUGUGUAAUAGCUCUGGUGACCCUCCCCCUGUUCUCCGCUGGUUGAAGAACGGAGAACCAGUCCAGUCUAACGCCCGAGUUAAGACUCAGAACCCUGGAGUUCUGCUCAUCAACCAGCUGCGUCUAGAUGAUGCUGGCUACUACCAGUGCAUUGCUGUCAACAGCCUGGGCACUGCCUGUGCCACUGCCAAACUCUCCGUUAUUGUGAGGGAGGGGUUGCCCAGCCCUCCUCGGCAUGUGUCAGCCUCACCCCGCUCUAGCACUUCUGCGCUGCUCACCUGGGACCCACCGGAACACAACAGUGACCAGAUCAUUGGUUUCUCAGUUCACUACCAACGCACAGCCGGCGCAGACAACAUGGAGUAUCAGUUUGCGGUGAAUAACGACACUACAGAGCUGCAUGUAAAGGAGCUGCUCCCUCACACAGCCUACACCUUCUAUGUAGUGGCCUACUCGCCCAUGGGGGCCAGCCGCCCAUCACAGCCCGUUACCGUGGAGAUGCUAGAGGAUGUGCCUAGUGCUUCACCGCAGCUAUCCCUGCUGAGCACAUCUCCCACUGACAUCAGAGUGAUGUGGCUGCCCCUCUCCUCCCAUCUCAGUCGCGGAGCCAUCACACGCUACCGCAUAGACUACAGAGCACUGGAGCAGGUGGAUUACAUAUACUCUGUGGAAGUAGGUGGGAAUGAGACACAGGUGACUCUUAGAGACCUGAAACCAAAUCAAACGUACCAGCUCCGUAUUGCAGCAGGAACACGUGCUGGGUUCAGUCAAUCUUCUGAGUGGGCCUCACACCACACACCAAACCUUACUCAGGUGCUCUUUGCUCCCACUGAGCUCAAAGUGAGAGCCAAAAUGCAUUCCCUACAUGUCACAUGGCAGCCACCACCCAAUCAUACUCAAAUCACCGGCUACAAGCUUUUCUGGAGGGAGUUGGACGGAGAGGAGCUGGCCAAUGAGGAGAACCCUGCGAUCAAUGAAAGGAGCCAGGGUGGUCAACAGAUCAAACUGAGGAAGAGAAUUAAACACCAUGAGGUCACAAACCUUGCUCCUGAUCGACUGUAUGAGGUGAAGGUUUGGGCGUUUAAUAAACAGACUGAAGGUUAUCCUGCCGUCUGGAAGGGAAAAACAGAGAAACUCGCAGAUCGAGUGCGGACUCCAGACUCUCUCCCACCGUUGCCGCCUAUCAGCAUCAGAGCUCGUGCCAACAGUUCCACCUCUAUCUGGCUCCGCUGGGAGAAACCACGCUUUAGCAGCGUGCGCAUCAUCAACUACACUGUACGAUGCAGCCCCGCAGGAAUACGCAAUGCAUCGCUGGUCUCAUACUAUACCAGUUCUUCUCAGGAGAUAUUUCUGGGAUCACUAAAGCCAUUUACCAGCUAUGAAAUCGCUGUGCAGUCUAAUGGAGUUGAUAUGAGCGGCCCCUUCAGCAGCACAGUGGAAGAGUCCACGCUGCCAGAUAAACCCUCUUCUCCUCCUGUGGAUUUGCAGUUGAGUGCGCUGGACUCAUUCUCGGUUUUGGUGAGUUGGCGCCCUCCGCUGGAGCCAAAUGGUAUAAUUUUGACAUACUGGAUCCUCUACACUGGCAACAUCAGCCAUCCAGACCACCUGUGGAUAAACCUCACACAUGAUGGUUCUGUCACCAGAACAGAAGUCCAGGGCCUGAUGAGUGGGACCUGUUACUAUUUUAAGAUGGGGGCAUGCACUGAAGUGGGGGUGGGACCAUUUUCACCUGUGAAGGAUGUCUAUACUCCACCAAAGAAAUACGAGCUGGAUAUCCAUGCUGUGACUGGUAUCAUUGUUGGAGUGUGUCUCGGGCUGCUCUGCAUCCUACUCUGCAUGUGUGUCAGUUUCCGCAAUGGAAAAACACGGGAUGUGUCUGGUGGACUGGACUCCAGUUCUUUGAGUCCUAAGUACAGGAGGGGUACCCGUCCAGUGCAAGCUGCUGUUCCUGACUGCAGUGACUGCCAUGAGCUGGAAACCCUCAUGCCUUCUAGUGCACAAGACCCCACCAGACCCGUUACAGAGCCCAGCGAGGAGCAGAGUCUCAUGAGUAACGUGGAAGUGACUGAUGACGGCCCUCCAGAAUCCAAGCCAGCCUGGAAUGGAUCUGUUAGCCGGAACUGGGCCAAUAGGAUCACCAGAUACAGAGACAUAAUAACUGAAGAUUCUUCUGCUCUAAUCAAUGGAGCCCUGGAGGGACCAGCAUCAGAGAACAGUGAAAGCGGGCAUGUGGAGAAGCUGUAUUCCCUCAGCAAGAACCAGGUGGAGGCUGAAGUCAUCGUGCAUUCACAGCUGUCCAAUGCCACAGUUGACCUAGGUCCACAAAGUGACAUGGAGCUCUGUCUUGAGUCUCCAUCUUCCCAGCAUCCUUCUCCUGGAGAGAAGGCAACUCCAUCAUCCCCUCGCAAACAGCAUGCCACGGCCCCUCCACCCUGUGCCCACAGCGAGGACAACCAUGAAACUCAAUCCCUAUCUCCAACCCCCAGCACUCACAUCUCUGAGGUACUGUCCAUUCACAAUGGACCAUUUGAGAGUGGGCUCAGCCAGCCAACAAUGGGCAGUGUCAAAAACCAUGGAGUGGGGCUUACUAAUGGAUUCCACUCCCCCAAACCCCUUCAGUCGAAGGCAGAAGCCCUGGAGAAUGGGGCCCACAGACUUUGCCCUGCAGGAAAGGUUCUGUCAACACCAGGCCUCCCUCCUACCCUCUCAUCCUUUGCCAGCUCUGGCCUUGUCCAUUCUACCUCAGGGGCACAUAGCUACCUGUACCCCUAAACUGGAAGGAAGAAAAGCGGGGAAAAAACUGUUUCCCCCACAUUCUGAGACAGCUGAGGAGACAAACAAGCCCACUUCAACAGCACCUUUCUGCUGGAGAAGUCUCGUAGCCAUGCACGCCUCCUCCCUUGGCUCGGUUUUUAUUGCAACCUCUUUGGUUCCAUUAUUUUAUAUGGAUGUACAUAUAGAAUAUUUUAUAGCACUUAGUAUCCAGGAAUAUGCAUUUUAUUGCGUUUCAGUGGCACACUUUAAUCCCUCUUUGUGUGCAUGUACGUAAUGUGCUGAAGUGAUAUAUACAGUAUGUUUACGUGCACACAUGAAGACAGAGUGUUGAUACUCUGAGGUGAAGCUAAAGGAUCCUGAGGCCAGCACCAGUGAAAAUGGAGCCCUGCAUGGGGAGACAGAGCAGAACUCAUUCAUGGGCGAAUGUAACGGAUUGAGCCAAGAUUAGUGCUAUCAGUGCCAGCAGGUGUAGUCCCAUUCUGUCAGAGAGAACCCAUAACGCUGCCACAAAGUACCACCUACUGCUGUCUCAGGGUCGCCACACACACACACACACACACACACACACACACACACACACACACACACACACACACACACGUUGCUACGGCUAUGCUUAUGAGGACUCUCCAGAGACAUAAUGAUUUUUAUACUGUACGAACUAUAGAUUCUAUCCCCUAACCCUAUCCCUAAACCUAACCCUCACAAAAAACUUUCUGCAUUUUUAAAUUUUCCAAAAAACGUCAUUUAGUAUGUAUUUUUUUUUUUUUUUUUUAUAGUGAUUUGAAUUAUGGGGACACUAGAAAUGUCCUCAUAAACCACAUUUAUAGCAUAAUACCCUUGUAAUUACCAGUUUGUAACCUAAAACAAAUGUCCUCAUAAACGACCCAAACCCACCCACACACACGCGCGCACGCACACACACACACACACACACACAAACAUACACAGUCCUGUGCUUUAGAAAUAGUUCUUCUUCUUUAACUUAAUCAGAUAGACAGGUACAUCUCCACAUACACACACAAACCUGAAAACAGUACAAAUAAAAACACAUUCCCUGAUUGGAGCUUAGUGUCUCAGGAGUCUAAAAUUUAAGGUGCAUUUAUCAUGGUCUGUAUAUACAGUAUAUUUGUACUACAUAUAUAUGAUUACUGUCAAAAUAGCGUGACAAAAUGUUGACAAAAUUGUGAAGGAAAAAAAUACAUCACUACAACAUUAAGAGGCCAUGUACAUUUUUUAUAAUUUCUACUCUGUGGAAGAAGUCGAGUGUACUUGUAAAGACACAUCACACUGAUUCAUGCUCCAAGUUUUUCUCACUCAACAACACUACCUCAUUUCUUUACAGGAUCGUUUGUUUCUUUGUGAUUUUAUGAGCAUCAUUAGGAAGGCGACUUCUUAAAUCUAGUUUUGAACCGUCUAAUUCAUAGCCUUUGAUAACAGCAGAAUCUACUGCCUUUCUCACUCUCUGUGUCUGUAUUCUUGUGUAAUGGUUACUGAAACCUUUAUCUCUGAUUAUUAGCCUGUGAGCAAGUGUGUGGUUAUUGGCUUGUCCAGUCCUCAAUAUCUUUUGUUGUGGGGGAGGGGAACUUUUGACAUUAUUUUGACACAACAGUUUGGCAAUAUACCCUUCAGGUGAAGGUAUUUAAACAUGAUGGAAGACUAACCACAUGGGUUAACCUGAGACCUCAAGGAUCUACCUGUUGACAUGCCAGUCAUCUCCUUUUUCUCAGGGAACUCUUUGCAGGGAAGAGUCUCAGUCUCAUUUUCAGUCAAACUAGGAAAUAGCCUCCAUCACUCAGACAGGUCUUGUCCCAUGCGCUAUUCUUUUUCCUUUAGCCUUGUUUGUCACAAUAUUGGGUUCAUGUGGAUCUGUAAAUAACCUCCUCCCACAGUACAUGCAAACUCAUAUUUGUACAGUAUUGCUGCUGAGAGCAGGAUUUAUAUCUGUUGCGCUUCUUUUUAUGCAUUUUUAAACACCUAUUUAAAGUAGUUUAUUUUAAAGAAACAUUUACAUAUGUCUUUUAUGUUAAUGUUGUUAUAUUAAUAGAAGUUUAAAGGAAUAUUUGGGGUUCAAUACAAGUAACGCUCGAUCGAAAGCAUUUGUGGCAUAAUGUUGAUUACCACAAAAAUUAAUUUGACUUACAGUGGAAGUGAAUGGGGCCAAUGCUUGGAGGGUUUAAGGGCAGAAAUGUGAAGCUUAUAAUUUUAUGAAAGCACUUAUAUUAAAUUCUAUUCAAAUUUGUGUGUCAUUUGAGCUGUAAAGUUGUUUUAUUUUUACAGUCAUUUUGAGGGUUGGAGGGUUCAUGGCAUUAUGUUGUUAUGGCAAUGAAGUUGUAGAAUUGGACAUUAAACAGAAAAGGUUAGUAAGCAAUUUUAUCACACUAAAAUCAUGUUAACACGAAUAUUGUCUUGUGGAUAAGUCUUGUGGUUAUACAUUUGAAACAUUGAGUAUUUUAACAUUUACAGAUUGGCCCCAUUCACUUCCAUUGUAAGUGCCACACUGUAAUCCAUAUUUUUGCUUUUUUUAAAGAAAAGGAGGGAUAAGUUGAAAUUAUUUUUGUGGUAAUCAACAUUAUGCCACAAAUGCUGUUGAUUGAGCUUGUAUUGGAAGCGGAAUAUUCCUUUAAAAAAACAAACAUUGAAAAACAAACACAAAGGCUCAAACUUUUGCCAUUAUAUUACAUCAGGUCAUUGACAGGACUGCCCAUGAUGCCAACGACAACACUCACUGUUCAGUGUUGUCUGUCUCAGUCAUUGCCACAUUUCAGCUGAUUGCCAUUGAUAAUACUUCUCUUUCAACAGAGUAGUGCUUUGGUGCUAGAGCAAGACUAGGGUUUUUUGUUUUUGUUUUUAAGAUGGUCUUUUAAACAUUCCAGUUUUUGUAUGUACAACAGGCCAAACUCAGGGUGGUUUAUGUAGGAAAUUAAGAAGUUGAAUGUUUGAAUUACUUCAGCUGCUUUUUUUUUAUUCAACACCAUCACUCAUCAUUAUAGUGCAGUGGCCAGUAAACAAUUUUUCCUUGCUCCGUAGCACUUCUAGUUUCAAAGACAUGAGAUUAUAACAUACCUGUUCAUUACACUUCCUAUACUAGUUCAGUAUGUUUGUAGUAGAGUUAAGGUGUAUAAAUGGAUUAUUGUUUAAAUGAUUUAAAUGUUCAUGGAUACAGUUACAUUGCCGCAAAAAUAAUUAUUCUCGGCAUGUACAGCAAUGUUUGUUUUGGAGUCAAAAUGACAGUCUUAGCUUCGCUACAUAGUCUUGUGCCAGAUACCUACAAAUUAACAUCAGAUUUUUGUAUUCAGCAUAACCUACCUACAGCAUUAGGAAUGUGUGGGGGGAAAAAAAUCUAUUGAUCUCUCUUUUUACUUCUGUCUGAAAAUAAGGAAAUUGUGUUCUGCCAGGGUUAGCAGAAUUUUCACUGUUGUCACUCUCAGAUAUGCAUGUUUUCAUAAACAACACUUCAGGAUAAUUUAUAAUAUUAAUACCUCAUUUGCUGCUUGUGAAUUUAAUCACAUUUAUACCUUCAACACGGCACAUAAAGUUUUAGUUGUUCUGAUCUUGCUUGGCAGCAGUAUUUUCUUACUUAAACCGGAUGAGUUGAUUGUCUUUUCUUACCUCAUGUUGAAGCCUUGCUUCUGGCAGGUUUUUGCUCUACACUAUUCGGGAGGCCAAUGUCAGAGUGUGGAAACGACAGGGAGGGGUCGUCAUUUGUGUAUGUCUGGAUAGGUCUGUAGGAUGUUUGCCGGAGAGAUGAUCAGAGGGUUCCCCUGUCAAGCCGUACCUCUUGAAACAGACAUAAGAUUAUAAAGGGCCGUGCGUAUGAUCAGUGCUUAUUGCUCAGGUCCCCUGUCUUUGCAUAAAACCUCUGGAGGAACAUGCCAGCUCAUUGUAAUGUUAAGUUGAGUUUGUGCAUUGCAGUAUAAAACCUCACCUGUCCUCCUGGAAAAUAAAGGCUUUAAUAAUAGGGGAAAGCAAAAACAAAUAGUAACUGAUGCACAGACACGAACGGUUUUUCGGUUGAAAUAAAUCUGUGAAUGAAUGCCUGUUUUCUCUUUGGUGCUUUGUGGUGACCUAGUCUGGUGAUGCGAGAAUUCAUCUUGUUUUUCCUUUGUUUGUUUUUUUACAACCAGUAGACCUGUGCUUUUCUGAUAUUCUCAGCACACAUACUGUGGACAAUUUUGUGUAGCACCAGCAACAGUAUGGUCUUUGACGUCUCUGUCAUUAAAUGCGAGAGACACAACAUCUGUCUUAAUACGCACAUAACAACACUAACCCAAUAUAAUUACACCAUGCGUUAGUCUGUAUCUUUUAUUUUUUAUCCUCAUGGCCUUCUAUGUAACUCCAAGUCUAUAGACUGUGAAGAGUUUAAGGCACAGGCAAAGAGAUUGGUAGAAGUGUUCACCAUUUAAUUUUGGUUCUCAUUUUGGACAUUGAUGUACUCCAACUUAAAGCCACUUAACAAUUGUAAAGUACAGCAUUAAGAUUUUUGAUCUCAGUUCCUACAUUGUUACAUAUUUGACCAGUCUGAUGAGUCUCUUACUGAAUUUAAGAAUUCUUCAAUUUACUUAAAUUGGAUUUAAUCCUUUUAACUGGAACAACUGCCCCCUAUGAAUAACUGAUGCAAUGAAAUUACAAAUUCAGGCACUCAGUUAUAUCUUAUACGUGAACUGUGAAAGGUGGAGUCUGAUUUCAGGUGGAUGAAUGUAGUGGAGGAGAUGAUAUUAUAUUGUACUAUGUAAAUAAACAUCUUAAUAAAAAUAAAAAAAUGAAGCUGA